AUGGCGUCCGCGGGAGGGCCUCAGAGCAACGGGAGCGGCAGGCCUCUGCGGUUUGCCACAAGAAUUCUCCAUCCGGACGUGUCAGGGACUGAUCCGUACAAAGCCGUGGCCCCACCCCUGUACCAAACGGCGACGUUUGAUCAACCAUCAGCGACGGAAUGCGGCCCAUAUGAUUACACGCGCAGUGGCAAUCCAACAAGGACGCUUCUUGAAGAGCAGAUGGCGCGACUUGAGGGGGGGUGUCGAUCUUUCGCCUUUGCGAGCGGGAUGGCAGCGAUCUCUGUGGCCUGCCAGCUCGUGAAGAGUGGUGGGCACAUUUUGGCCGGGGAUGACAUCUAUGGUGGAACCAGUCGACUCCUGGCAAACGUCCUGCCGGCUGGGGGCGUGGAGGUGACGAAUGUUGACGCCACGGACCUCGUGGCAGUGGCGGCAUCUAUACGUCCAGGACAGACCAAGAUGGUCAUGCUGGAGUCCCCAACAAACCCAAGAAUGCAGAUACUUGACAUUAGGAAGAUUGUGGAGUUGGCGCACGAGGCUGGUGCACUUGUGCUGGUGGACAACAGCAUAAUGGCUCCUACAUUCUGUCAACCCCUGGAGCUUGGGGCUGACAUUUCCAUGACAUCAGCAACCAAGUUCAUUGCUGGCCAUUCAGACGUCACUGGAGGAAUAUUGACAGUCAAGGACAAGGAUCUCGCUGACAGAAUUUACUUCUUACAGAAUGCCGUGGGCUCCAUAUUGGGCCCCUUCGACUGCUGGCUGUGUCUUCGAGGCCUGAAGACCAUGGCACUGAGGAUGGAAAGACAGGCGGACAAUGCCAGCCGAAUGGCACAGUUCUUGGACAAUCAUAAACUCGUCAAGAAAGUAAACUAUGCUGGCUUGCCGAACCACAAAGGGCGAGACCUACAUUUUAGUCAGGCCAGCAGUGCAGGGAGUCUCGUCAGUUUCACAACAGGGAAUUUGGAGCUUUCCAAAGUGAUAGUGGAGGGGGCAAAGUUGUUCAAGAUCGCCGUUAGCUUUGGGAGUGUCAUUUCAUCAAUCAGUUUGCCAUGCUUCAUGUCUCAUGCGUCUGUUCCUGCUGAAGUGCGAGCUGAGCGAGGGCUGCCAGAUGACUUGAUCAGGAUCUCAGCAGGCAUUGAAGAUGUUGAAGAUUUGAUAGCCGACCUCAGCAGUGCGAUGGACAAGGCUGAAGCCCUUGUGAAUCCUGAUUCGAAGCAGACAGUGUCACCAUAA